AUGGGGGAAACUAAUUCGAAGGUGGCAUUCGAAAUUUGUGUGGUGACGGUGGAUUUCCUAGGCAGCAGCCUCGGUCCGGGCAUCAAUAUGGUCAUGUUCGACGAUAAAAAUAACCAAUCCCCGGUUAUUGCGUUGGACCACAUUUUUCAAAAUGAGCUGGAUUAUCACCAAGCCAAAUUCACCAUUGAUCUCCAGCCGUGGAGCAAGCCAAAGGCCUUUGGAAAGCUGCAUCACAUCGAGUUUUGGCGCACCGACGGUAGCAGUAAUAGCACUGCGGACGGCGAUUUCAACGUAGCGGCUUGGUACCUCGACCGCGUAAUUAUCCGUGACCGCCGAUUUGGGUUGACCGGUGAGUGGGAUUACUUCUUCUUUCCCCUACACGACUGGGUGGUGCCGGCAGCGCAGUACGUUCUACAGGACUGUGAGACAUUUUUGCCGCAACAGGAUCCCUAUCCUGAUUUGCGACACGUUCAGUUGGAUCGAAGACAACAGCUACUUUACUUCAUGCAGAGGGCGAGUGGACUUCCUGUUGAGAUUGCCGAGGUGCCUACGACGGAACUCUUCUCUUAUGAUUCUAGAUGGGAUAUCGAGGAUGUCGUCUUGGAGCUGGUUGACCGAGUUGGUCUCGCGGUUGACUACAGCAGUGAGGAGUCUUGGGAUUCCCUCGAUUCCAUCGGCGAUCUCUACAAGCGUCACAAUAUCACUGAACCUUUGAGUCUCUCCUACUGGAUGAUGAAUGAUGUGGCGUUUGGUGCGCAACGUUUGAAAGGCUGCAAUCCCUUUGUUAUUCGGUUGUGCACAGAAUUCCCAUCAAGGAAUCCUGGUCUGACUUACACGCAAGUGUGA